UUCUCGAAGAAGGUUGAUCAGCAGUACCUUUUGCACCUUCUUGAUCAAACUAUCCCAGGAACGAUCAACAAUUGGCAUUUCUAUUGAUAAGUGCUCGAUUCUUUGGUAUGGAUUCGGAAGAAUACAGCAACGAAUUGUCAAGGAACGAGUCAGAAAAUGAUAGUACUAACGAAGAAUGUAGUCAUUCGCCCAUAUUGUUGGAUUUAGAUAAAAAUUCUAAACAGCAGCAACAAGAAAUCUUAAAUCAGGAAGAAAACUCAUCGUCUAAAUUAUCCAGUAUCAAUCAAUAUUUGCAAGAUCAGUUAGUAAGAAACGGACCAGAAAAUUCAAGCAUACCUCGACAACAAUGUGGAAGAAGGUCAUGGCAGGAUGAAAAUUUUGAAAAUCGCCAACAAAAUAACGAUCGAGUAUUUGUGAUUAGAGUUCCUGAACCCGAAGUAAUUAAUACUCAUCCACAUUUAGAAAUUCUUCACGAAACCAACAUUAAAUCAGUCCAAAGAGAACCAUCGCAAACGGAAAAAGACUAUAAAAAGUCAGCUUGCGAUCGUGAGCGUACACGAAUGCGUGACAUGAAUCGUGCUUUUGAACUUUUGCGUUCAAAACUUCCGAUUUGUAAACCACCUGGUAAAAAACUUUCGAAGAUUGAGUCGCUUAGACACGCAAUUACAUACAUACGACAUCUGCAAAGUCUUUUGGAACCGCAAUACAAUUACGUUUCGACUGUUCCUGAAAGGAGUUUUUAUGCUAACAGCGCACCUGUCACUACAACUACUUCUUUAGAGGUUCAACACACACCCCGGUGGGAAUCAUUCGCUUAUUAUCGUUAUGAUUACCAUGCACCGUUUGUUAAUCCCUCGCCAUCAACGUUACCUUCAUCUAUUCACCCCCGAGUACCGACAGACCAAGAUGAUCGACAAUUUUCUUACGAAGCGCAACAUUGA